GUUUGGGGUAGUCAUCAAAUAUCAAAAUUACAUCAACAUUGAAAAUGCGCUGUUGUGUUCCUUUUUGUAGAAAUAGUACCGAAAAUGUCUCUAAAACAGAUGGAAUCAGUUUCCAUGCUUUCCCUGACGAGGACUCUGGUGCCCUGCGAGCCCAGUGGCUACGCAGCCUGGGAAUGCAAGGUCAAGUGCCGGCUAGUGCGGCAGUCUGCUCCCAGCAUUUCCUGCGCGAGGACAUGCGAGACGCGCGCGGUGAUAGGUCUCUCUGCGCCGGUGCUGUGCCUACUGCAGUACAGGUUUGCCUGAUAUGCCUGGACACUGAUAGCCCAAUGAUUUCAAUGAGUAAAUACAACUUGGGAGAAGCAUAUGUACACUUAACUGGUUAUUCUGUAAGUUCUUCAACAGUUAUACGGUUGUGUAAUGAAGGAAACCUGAGGCAUAUACUUUGUAUGAAAUGUGCUCAGAGAUUGACAAACAUUAGUAAAUUCAGAGAAAAGAGCUUAAGAGCUUGUACCCUGCUGAUGGACUUAAUUGAGAAAUAUCAAAUGAUAACGCCACUGGACAUUGCGCACUUGCAGAGCACGCUAAACUCCAGCCAAGCAUGUUGCUCGCUAGGUUCAGACCCAUGUGACCUGCACGUGCUGGAUGGUACGAGUACAUAUGCGCAGACAGAGCUUCAGUUAGGCAGCUGCUUAGGCAUGCCGCAGGCCCGGGAAAGUGCAGAUCGGGAUAGCGUAGACAUUAUCCGCCAAAUAGCUUUGCUGGAUAAGGCUCAAUUCAUCAGGCAGCUUCAUCAGCACCACUCUGUACUGAGGUGCUGGGUGAAACUAACCAGAAUAUCACUUUUGGAAGACAUUGGAUCUUUUAAGACUCGCGCGAUGUCUUCCUUUGGUGAGACGUCUCUAGUCAGUGAGGACAAGACAGUUCCAGAAUAUGCCUUGCAACCGAGUCUUGCAUCGGAUUAUGGAGCAAAGGGUUACUGCUACGACCAGAGCCAGCAGGUUUUUAAUGAAAAUGAAAUAGGAGAAAUAUCCAAUAACAACAGUCAAGCGAAUACCCUACAAACAAUACGUACACCUUCAACAAAUGAUUUACGGAGUAAUAAUGUUUCUAACUUAGCACUGAAAAAUUGUUUGGUAUUGCUUCAUGAUAUUUUUGAAGAAUCAAACGGAACUGGAUCAAAACUAGAUGAAUCACUGACGGAAAAACCAACAGCCAUUACACAUGAGACCAACGCACAGAGAAAAGAAAUCUACACUCGGGAUUUAUCUUGUGACGAAUCAACGAGUCAUAGCGAAGUCCCAGCUCAAGAAUCAAUCGUUAAUAAUGUCAAAGUUUAUAAAAGUCAUCUACCGAAAGCUGGUCAGAGCGGAACAGCAAGUCCAAAUAUUGACAUUACAUUGCAAUGUGAAGAAAUGCCGGAGACCAAUAAAGACCGUUACACUUGUGACACUUGUCAGAAUGAUUUCCGUAGGGAAUGUUCGUUAUUGAAACAUAUAAUGUUGACACACACUGAAGAAAAGUUUUUUAGUUGCGAGUUAUGCAAGUACAGUACUAAAUAUAAAAAUAAUUUUGUGUUACACAUGGAAGCGCAUCAAAGCGAGAAAUAUUUUGCUUGUGCGUUAUGCGAUUUUAAGUGUACCAUCAAGAGUAGUUUAGUAAGGCAUUUUAGGUCUCAAACUUGUAUAAAAUCUUUAACUUGUAAGUUAUGCCAAUAUAAAUGUACCACUAAGAGCAGUUUUAUAGAGCACAAGAGAGAACACAGACUCGAGAAACGUUUUGCUUGUAAGUUGUGCGAUUAUAAAGAUGCUAAUAGUGGUAAUUUGAAAAGGCACAUGUUAAUCCACAUGGGUGCGAAACCUUAUUCUUGUAAUAUUUGCACGUAUAAGGCUCGUUUUAAAUCUACUUUAGUGGAACACAAAAGAACACACACCAGAGAGAAGCCGUUCGCUUGCACACUGUGCCAGUACAAAUGCGUUACUAGAAGUAACUUAGUGGCUCACAUGGGUACCCACUCUACGGAGAAACGUUUUGCAUGUCAUUUAUGUGAAUAUAAAGGUGCUGUAAAGAGUAGUUUACAGAAGCAUAUGAAGGUCCACAUUGGUGGGAAGCCUUAUGCUUGUCAGUUUUGCCCGUAUAAAUCUAAUUUUAAAUCUAAUCUAGUGGAACACAUAAGAACGCACACCGGAGAGAAGCCGUAUGCAUGCACGGUAUGCCAACGUGAGUUUAGUACGAAAACUAAUGUACUGACGCACAUGAAAAUUCACUCUGGUGAGAAACGUCAUGCUUGUAAGUUAUGCCAAUAUAAAUCUUUUCAGAAGGCUAAUUUGGAUAGGCACAUGCUCACGCACACUGGUGAGAAAAAAUUUGCUUGUAAUUUGUGCCAGGCGAAAUUUACUUCUCAAAGUAUUUUGACGUCACACAUAUUAAGAGUUCACACAGACAACCCUUUGGGACCCGGCCUUAACUCCAGAAGCCAGCACGUAUUUGACGAAGUUGAUCAAACAAGUUCCCUCACCAGUAAUAAAAGAAAUGGCAAAAAACACAUACCCACAAAACAAGAUUUACAGGAUGAUAAUAUGUCUAAUAUAUCAUUAAAAAAUUGUUUCGUAAAACUUCAAGAUAUUUUUAAAGAACUUGAGUCUGACAUAGAGACUACCUCGAUUCAGGGUUUAAAUUGUUGCGAAACAACGAGUUAUAAUGAAGUUCUUGCAAAAGAAUCAGUAAUUAAGGAUGCGAAAAGUUAUGAACGGGAGUUACCAAAAACAGCACAACGUGAAAUACAAGGCUUUAAUAUUGAUAAUAAAUUUCAACGUGAAGAAUUGCCGGCGACCAAUAAAGACCGUUAUACUUGUGACAUUUGUAACAAUGAUUUCCUGAAGAAAAGUGCCUUAGUGAAACACAUAAUGUCUCACACUGGUGAACAGUUGUUUAGUUGCGAGUUAUGCAAGUACAGUACUAAAUAUAAAAAUAAAUUAGCGAUUCACAUGGAAGCGCAUAAAAGCGAGAAAUUUUUUGCUUGUGCGUUAUGCGAAUAUAAAUGUACUAGAAAGAGUAGUUUAUUAAAGCAUUUGAGGUCACAAACUUGUACAAAAACUUUAACUUGUAAGUUAUGCCAGUAUGAAUGUAGUACUAAGAGGAGUUUUAUAAAGCACAAGAGAGAACACAGUCUACAGAAGCAUUUCGCUUGUAAGUUGUGCGAUUAUAAAGGUGCUCGCAACGUUUAUUUGAAAAGGCACAUGAAAAUCCACUCUGGUGUCAAACCUUUUGCAUGUAAUUUAUGUGAAUAUAAAAGUGCUUUGAAGGAUAGUCUACGCAUUCAUAUGAGGAUCCACACUGGUGAGAAGCCUUAUGCUUGCCACUUUUGUCCGUAUAAAGCUAAUUUUAAAUCUAAUAUAGUGGACCACAUAAGAACGCACACCGGAGAGAAGCCAUAUGCAUGCACGGUAUGCCAAUAUAAAUGUAAACAGAGUCACCAUUUGACUGAACACAUGAGAAGACACACCGGUGAGAAACCUUUCACUUGUAAGCUAUGCCAUUUUAAAUUCGCUACUAGCAGUUACUUAGCAAAACACAUGAAAAAUCACUUGGGUAAGAAACAAUUUUCUUGUAGUUUUUGUGAAUAUAAAUGUAUUAUUCAGAGCAAUUUAGUGAAUCAUCUGAAGAAAAUUCAUCCCGAUAAGUAAAGUUUUGUGUGGGUAAUUGUAAUACUUGUUAUGUAUACUUUUAUAAUAAAUCAGUAAUACAAUCUGCUUGUAGCCGCUUUAACCAAUUGGGAUGAGUUAAAGCGGUAAUAUAAAUAUUGUAAAUAUAAUUUUAUAAUUUUUAUUAGUGUUUUUACCUACAC